AUGGAUCUGGAAGAGGCUCGACUCCAAGCCCAAGUAAAGGGUCUGCACAGCCUCGAGGCUCUGAUCACUAAUCCCGACAGGAUCCACGACGAUGCCUUCCAGACUAUGCGUUCCUUCUUAAUCACAGUCCACUACACCCAUGAACUCGAGGAAAACCCUAUCGAGCUACCCCUUACCGACUACGAGGUCUACGUUGCUCCUACAGACCUCAUCAUCUCCGCGCGCAGAAAUCAAGAGUGUAAGGCCUCCAGACGUAAUGGUGACAGAAAACUGCUCUUGUGGGACCACCGCCGUAACAUCCUCAGAGACAGUACCGACACGCAACAGAGUGCUCAGUGGCUGGUACAGGACAAGAAAGAGAUGAAGGAGUUGGCUGCAAGAUACCCGGUGCCCGGCAUGCUCUCCAGGAGACCAUUGAUGAUUCCUGCCAUCGAGUUGCGUUCAGCCGAGUCGCUCCGGAAAUGA